GCCAGACGGCCCUUUUGCAAAAGACAGAAACGGCCUGUGGGAAAAAAAAGGGCGGGGAUACAGCGAGUUGUGGAGAAAAACAAACGACGUGGGAAAAAAAUGGUUGGGGACAAAGCCGCCAAGGACGGUCUUUUGGAUAGCCCUUGUGAUGGUAUAAAAUGGAAAUGGAAAACGGUUGGGGGAACUCUGCAUUGUUGAAAAAUCCAUCACAGUAAAAUAGUUUAGCGCUGCUGGGUCAGCCAAACGAGAUCGACGAGAACGACAACGACACGACAAGAAUGAAGAGUAUUUUGAUUGUUUUGGCAGCGGCCUCGACACUGGUGUCGUCCGUCUCUGCUCACGGUUUCGUGGCGGGUAUCGGCAAGCUCACUUCAAAGGACCGCGGUCAAGUCCGAAACUAUGACUUGAUUGACAAGCAGAUUGACUCUCUGAGGAGCCCUACGCAAGGCGGGCUUUGCCGUGGUGCUCCUCGUGGGAAAGCUGUCCCUCUUUCUCUAAAGAAUGGCCAACCUCUUACGCUUACUCAGGCAUUCAGUCUGGGAGCUCAGCACGUUGGUCCUUGCACGGUUGAAAUCUUUGAUGCAAAGAAUCCCAACGACAAGGUCACCAUCACUCAAGCCAACGGCGACAAUGGAUGUGCUCGUCCUGGCCUUUCCCAAUUUGACACGGACAAGGGCGCGCCUGCAACAAAACAAUGCCCUGGUGCCAUUCCUGCCGGCUUGGUGACAAACGACAUGUGUCUUCACUACUGGACCUUUAACGUGCAAAACGCUGACAAGAUUAAAUGCAAGGACUGCGUCCUCCGAUGGUCGUGGGAAGGAACACACAUUUCAAAGACAAACCCAGAAAAGUAUGAAAACUGUAUCGAUGUGUCCUUGACAAAUGGUGGCGUCGCCGUUCCCGAGGGCGGUGGUAUCGGCCGUCUGCCCGUGGGAGAUCCUGUCGCGGAUCCUGUUGCCACUGAGGCACCUGCUCCUGUUGUCACUGAGGCACCUGCUCCUGUUGCCACUGAGGCACCUGCACCUGCUCCGGCACCUGCGCCCGCACCUGCACCUGCACCGGCUCCUCGUCCCGUUGCUGGCUGCGAUGGAAACAAGUUGAUGGCCUGCAAUGGCGACGGCUUUCUGAUCUGCUACCCCGAGGACCCCAACCGUGAGAGUGCGGAAUUCGAUUGCGCUCCAGGCACAACGUGCAAACAAAUAGGACAAUUCAUUCAGUGUGCUUAG